UGAAAGUGUAUGGUAAAUUUGCAAAACUAAAAAGGAAUAAGUUACGCCAAGCUAUACCAAUAAAGUAAGUGGGUAACCUUAAAAGUAGAAAAGUUAACUAGUUGGUUUAUGUCAUGGGUAUGGGUGAACAUAAUGAGUCGUCUUUUAAUUAUUUGUAAAAUACUAUCAUUUUUAUUUUAAAACAUCAAACUGCUAGAUUUAUAAAUGCAAAGAAAAAUUUACUACCUACUAAUAAAUCCACACAGGAUUCAAACCUGCACCUUCCGCUAGCCGGGUGGACGUACUAACCAAAUUAUGCUACCGAGAAUUAUUGAAUACCCGUGUAAAAUUCCUACUAGUAUUUCUUAACCUAAUAUAAAUACAAAAUUUUCUUUAGAUUUACUUGUACCUACUUAAUUACAAGUAAUAGAAAGAUUGAGAGUUAAAUAUUCAUCUAUGUAGUUUAAGUUCUCAUCCUCGAAGUCACAGGUUGUAUUCUCAAUAGACUUUUGCUUUGCUAUUUAUUCAUUUUAAAUAGGUAGUGCCUAAACUGGCUAUAAUAAUAAAUAUGUUAUUUAUAUUUUGUUUAUGACAUACCUACAUGUCAUAAAAAAAUAUAAAUAUGUUGCCAGUUUCAUGUGAGAUUUGCAAAAAUAACUAAGCAUGCUAUAUUAAAUCAGAAAUUAUAAUAUUUAUAAACAAUGUGAAGUGUAGCUCUUUGAAAAAGGUACAAAAAUCUAUCGAAAAUUUUACUAGAAUAAAAAAACAGUCACCAGACAGGGUCCUGUCAUAAAAUAGCAUAAAAUAUAACAUAAUAAACUAUAAGUACAUAUUUUACUGAUGUCAUUAUCGAUUCAUAAUAUGUACUGGUUUUAAUAUAUUAAUUUCGCUAUUGUAGAUUGUGAAGUUUUGUUUGUCAUGCGUCAAACUGGUUAAUUGGAAUGGAAAAUUUAUAAUAAACGAUAUUUCGAUCAAGAGUUUUUAUAUCAGGUUUAAGUGGAGUUCUAGUCCCGAAUAUAUCUGUUGUGGCAGUUCAGUUAUGACGUUCCUAAGAACUACACCCUACCCCGUGGAAAUGAUUCAAUGUGAAAUGAUUUCUUAGUCAGCUGGAGGUUCUUCGUUUGAUGGGCGCUCUAUUUUGAGCUCUCUCUCUUCUCUUUUAAAUACUGUAAUAAAACUGAAGAACUGUCCACAUAUAAGCUUAUCGAGAGAUAUCAAUUAGAAACAUUACGCGAGUAAUAGGUACUACAAAAAACAAUGGUUAUGCCCCCUACAACUGUUCAUCUUGCAUAUCAAUGAUGUACCCUUAGCACGAACCAAUAUCAAAUUCGUAACGUUUGCGAGUACGAAAUGUCUGGCAAAUGUAUACUAAUUUUUGGUUCUCGUUACGUCCUUUUUGGCGCUGCUGUUCAAGUUUCCAUACAAAAUUUGACAGUGACAUUUCGGAUUCGCAAACUAUUCGAAUUCGAUUUUGGUGGUUGGUGCUAGGGAUACUGUUAUAUUGUAAUUACAUAACAACAAUAUUUAUUGCUAUGCGGAUGACAGCACUUUUUUUACUGAACCGCCAAAUAUCCUUCGGAUGGAAGUACAGUCAAACUUGUGCGUCACUGGGCCAGUCUCAAAUUGGGGCCGUCACAAUUUUGUCCGAUUUAACCCGACAAAGACACAAGUGUGUGCUUUAACCGCGAAGAAAUCCCGAUUCGUAGCAGCACCUUACUACUAAGUAGCGGCGUAAUUAUUCUAAGGCCAAGAGGGCCAUGGCACGGGGCGGUAGCCUGCGAAGGGCGGCUUCAAGAUCUGCGAGGUGCAGCAGCAACCAUACAAAGGUUAUACAAAAUCAAAACAUAGAAUUUUGACCAAUAGAAUCACACGUUGCAGAGACUUGUCAAAAGUUAGUCCCUCGUGAUUGGCUUAAAAUAGUGGAUCUGUCGUACUUCAACGGCCUUAUAAAUAUCAGCGCGAACUCACGCCGGACCUCUUUUCCACAGUGAUAAUUCAGGGGGAUUCUUAGCGGGUUAUUUUAGUGAGCUAACUCUAAAUUCAGAAUGCCGGAGACAUCAAAAAUGAAUGGAUAUGCAAAAACAAAUGGACACAGUUUUGAUAUGGAAGAUGGAUCGGUGUUUUUAUUCACAUCAGAAUCUGUCGGCGAGGGACAUCCAGACAAAAUGUGUGAUCAAAUAAGUGAUGCUAUACUGGACGCACAUCUUAGACAAGAUCCCGAUGCUAAAGUAGCAUGCGAAACCGUGACAAAAACAGGAAUGGUCCUGUUAUGCGGUGAAAUUACUUCCAAAGCAAAUGUUGACUAUCAGAAAGUUGUUAGAGAGACUGUCAAACAUAUUGGUUAUGAUGACUCUUCCAAAGGGUUUGAUUACAAGACAUGCAGUGUGAUACUUGCGCUAGACCAGCAGUCACCGAACAUUGCCGCUGGAGUGCAUGAAAACAGGAAUGAUGAGGAAGUAGGAGCUGGAGAUCAGGGAUUGAUGUUUGGUUAUGCUACUGAUGAAACAGAAGAAUGUAUGCCCCUGACAGUGGUGCUUGCACACAGGCUGAAUCAAAAAAUUGCCGAAUUAAGACGAAAUGGCGAAUUUUGGUGGGCCCGCCCAGACUCCAAAACACAGGUCACAUGUGAAUACAAUUUUGUGGGUGGAGCUACUGUGCCACAGAGAGUACACACUGUUGUUGUAUCUCUACAGCACUCUGAGAAGAUCACAUUGGAAACUCUACGGGAUGAAAUCAAAGAGAAAGUGAUCAAAGAAGUAAUUCCAGCUCAGUACCUGGAUGAAAAAACUGUGAUACAUAUCAACCCUUGCGGACUAUUUAUUAUUGGUGGCCCACAGUCUGAUGCGGGACUGACGGGGCGCAAGAUCAUCGUGGACACGUAUGGCGGUUGGGGCGCGCACGGAGGCGGCGCUUUCUCCGGCAAGGACUUCACUAAAGUGGACCGUUCCGCCGCGUACGCCGCGCGCUGGGUAGCCAAAUCACUGGUGCGCGCCGGCCUCUGCCGCCGCUGCAUGGUGCAGGUGUCAUACGCCAUCGGCGUGGCUGAGCCGCUGUCGAUAUCCGUGUUCGACUACGGUACGUCUCACAAGACGCAGCGGGAACUGCUAUCCAUAGUGCGACACAACUUCGACCUGCGCCCCGGCAAGAUUGUCAAGGAAUUGAACCUACGAGCGCCCAUAUACCAGAAGACGAGUACAUACGGCCACUUUGGCCGCGAAGGCUUCCCGUGGGAGAAUCCGAAGCCGCUCGUCGUAGAAUGACUUGUGACGUGUUAACUAGUAGUUCAUUGUAAAUAUUUCAACCAGUAUAUCCUAAAUACACUUAGUCUACGUGUGUCUUUGUAGCCAGCGAGGGUUGUCAUCGCAGACUCUCUAUCUAGACGGUAUGUUAAAUCAUUCGAGUCUGGUCGUGAAAGUUUUCCAGCUAGAUUCAAUGUAAUUUUUAAGUAUUCACUAUAAUUAGACGCGUAGGUUUAUCAUGGUGCCGUCAUUGCUGAAUUUGAGUUAGUUCGGGGUUCCAAACGGCAGUCCCAUUCCAUCAAUUUAUUUGUUUAUUGAGGCUGAUCAAUUUGCCCUUUUGUGAUGUUUAUUAUUACACUGCCUGUUGUAUAUUUUAUUUUAUCAGUAUGAAUUAUCCAGUGAGCAUGAUUUGAUUAUGUGAUUAUUAUUAUUGAUCGGGCAUUUUUUUUAUUGUGAAAUGAUUUUAACAUUUUGAUACUUACACCUAGUUGAAUGAUGGACUGCCUCCAAUCUCGAAUCGUUUUUCGUGAGCUUUAUGAAAUAAGUGCUAUGAUUUCGGUAGAGUCGACUACUACCCUGGUCGCGUCACAGUCGAGCGAAGAGGACAGAGAACAUUAUAUGUUUCUCUCUUCCUCGCUCACUGCAAAUAUAGUGGUGCGAUAGCGGCGUUCAUAGAUUCCCUUCCUAUUUUAGUAGUUGAUAAGUGUCAGUGAGUUGCCUCGUAUGUAAUUAAAAUAAAAUUGUUACGUCGCUUCCGCAUCACAAUUUGUGUUGUGUUUCCGAAAAGGAUACAAUGUGGAAAAGAGCCAUUUUGAAAACACACCGACUCGGCCCGGGCAGUAGUAAGCUGCAUUUAUCCGAGAGUAAUACUGUAAUACCGCCGGUAGGUAAACUCUAACCGUACAUACAUUUUAUGACAUUAGAAGUUAACUUAGAAUUUUAUCUAUUACGUAGGGCGGUUAGUAAUAACUUCGACUAUAUUUUUUUGAUCUGUUUCGAUUGUGACCUGUUAAGUUUUUCUGAUUUACUUCUGUGGAUUAUCGAUUUGCCAGAUUGUGUAAUUUUAAAACUAAUAAACGAUAUUCCCGGUGAUAACGGGCUGUAAAUAAUUGUUUUAUUAUUUUUCUAUUUUGUUUGAUUUAUGAAUUGUCUUUAUAUCUUUACCAUUUUUUUGUUAAAGAUAUAAAGACGCUCUUUUCCUACACAAUAUUACAACUUAGGGAUAGAAGCUCUUAUCCAACACAAUAUACUUUGGGAUAAAAGCAAUUUAUGAGCUGUAUUUUUUUAUUCUUGAGGUUUCGGAUUCUUUUCAUACAUGCUCCAUGAUUGCAAGAGAUUUUCGCAGCCUGUAACUUAUUAAGCUUAUCUAUCAAAAUGAACGCUUUUAAAGUGUUUAAUUUGAGACAGGUAAGGCAUUACACUACGCUUAAAUUACAGCGCCAUCUGAGUAGUAACCUCCCCUUAACAGAAAAAAAAUCGCUUAACGCUGUUAGGGAUGAAACGAUACCAUCUAGGUAUCGAUACUUUUCUCGAUACUAUAUCGGUCAUAAAGUAUCAAUGUCUACUUACCUACGAUACAUUUUAACGAACGAUAUUACAAAUUCGGUCACAGUUUUAAUUAAAGGAAAACAAAAUAACGGCUCUCGCCACGUGAUGAACGAAUGACUAACUGAAUAAAUUGAAAUAAUUGCGGGAACAAAAAUUCCAACUAGACACCUCACCAUAGAGUAAAUAAUCUGCAUGUGAGACUGUGAGUUUUU